AGAAGAAUCCCCCAGGUCCUUGCUAAGUAUCUUACCCACAGGUUAGACGCCUCUUUACCUCUCCUCCAAGAUGCAAUUUAGUCAUUCAGAAUGUCAUGCAAAGGUGCUGUUUAUCAUAAAAUAACUCCACUCCUUAAAUACUGCCAAAUCAGCACUUAAACAUGCUCUCUCAUACGUCCAGACAUCACAUAGCACUCUACUGCUGCUCCUUUUAUUGGCAAAGGUUUCUGCCAGUCAAUCACUCUGCUAGUGGAGACAGACUAGGAACUGCAACAGAAGACACAAUCAAGGCAGUCAAAGUGGAGCCCCAAGAUGUGGUGCCUCCUCAUGCUGCUCUGCUCUCAAGCAAUUGCCUUUUCAGCAGGAUUCACAACACCCUCCACUCUGAACUCAGACAAAAGCCAGUUCAGGAAGCCUCAUGACCCCGAAUCCUUUAUGAAUGUUAGUGAAAUUAUCAGAUAUCAUGGAUACCCCAGUGAGGAAUACGAAGUUACUACAGAGGAUGGGUACAUUCUUAGUGUUUUCAGAAUUCCUGCUGGGAGGAACAGCCAAAAUACAGGAAAAAAGCCUGCAAUCUUGCUACACCAUGGUACUUUAGGAGAUUGUAUUCACUGGAUUUCUAACCUGCCUAACAGCAGCUUGGGCUUCAUCCUCGCAGAUGCUGGCUAUGACGUCUGGUUGGGAAACAGCCGAGGAAACACCUGGUCUUUAAAACACAAGACCCUUAAGCCCUGCCAGAAAGAGUUUUGGCAGUUCAGCUUUGAUGAGAUAGGUAAAUACGAUGUUCGAGGAGAGCUGGACUUCAUAAUGAAUAAAACCGGUCAGAAGGAUGUAUAUUUUGUUGGUCACUCAGAGGCUGGAACUGCAGGCUUUAUAGCAUUUGCCACUUAUCCUGAAUUGGCUCAAAGGGUUAAAGUGUUCUUCGCUUUGGGACCAGUAGUCACAACCACAUAUGGUACCAGCCCUCUGGUAACACUUACUCGGUUUCCCCAGUUUCUGAUCAAGUUAUUCGCUGGCUGCAAAGGAGUUCUUCGCCAGAAUGAACUGCUGAAACCACCUCUGGUAUGGAUCUGUGAAUCUCUGGGAAAAUUUUGUGGCAGUGUCUUAGGCUUCGUAGCUGGGGACAAGGUACAAAAUCUGAACACGAGUCGAAUAGAUGUGUAUGUAGGACAUUAUCCUGCUGGAACUUCAGUACAGAAUGCUCUUCAUUGGCAUCAGGUAAUAUAUGCAGACCAAUUGCAAGCUUAUGACUAUGGCUCUAAGGAAAACAUGAAGAAAUACAACCAGCCUACUCCUCCUGUGUACAAGAUAGAGGAAAUAAACACCCCAAUUGCUGUCUGGAGUGGUGGACGGGACAAAUUUGCAGAUCCAAAAGACACGGCAAAGCUGCUUCCUCGGAUUAAAAAUCUCAUUUAUCAUGAGCAUUUUCCUUCUUGGGGCCAUCUUAGUUUCAUCUGGGGCCUUGAUGCACCUCAGAAAAUGUAUCGAAAAAUCAUUGAACUGCUAGAAAAAUAUCCUUAAAGCUUCACACACAGGGAAUUCAAUCACUCAGUAAAAACCCCCAAAGAUUUCUGUUUAGUGGUAGAAUACGGGUAUAGGGAUUGGUAUAGGUAUUUACAAGCCACUGCUGGUUGGUUUGCAACUUUCUAACAUUGUUUUCCACGGUGUUACAUUAUCUUGGUGACUGCAGUCUCUCUGAAGAAGUUGAGGUACAUGGGGAUGACCACUGAAAUGACAAACAUAUUAGAAGGAAUACUUCAUGGAUUACUUCGUUUGGAAGAUUUUUAGGACUGAUUUUAUUACAACUCAGAUUUCAUUUUUUCUUCCCCUGUACAUCAAUACCACAUACUACACCAGAG